AUGUGUUGUCCAUUGACAGGUUCACUUCAUGUAAGGAGCGGGAGGCCACCAUGCCGGGAGGACGCCACUCAAUAAAAUAUAACAUGAGACACAGACGGAGAGGUGUGGCGCUAGUGCUGACCCAUAACACCUUAAAGGUGCGACCUAAGAAGUGUCUGUGUGUCAGUGAUGGGGUCGACUCCUGCAGGCGGCUGUUCUCUCAUCUGGGUUUCGAGGUGACAAUAGGUCGAGACCUGAGAACACAAUCUAUACUACAGUCACUACAACUAAUUGCCGCCAUGGACCACCGUGAGUGUGACGGCCUGGUGGUGAUGGUCAUGACUCACGGGACCACUAGCACAGAGGCCAACAGGGAGGUUGUGUGGGUCCCUGAUGACGAAAUCAACACUGAGGACAUAUGGAGGAGCUUCACCCCCGACCUGUGUCCGUCUCUUAAGGGAAAACCAAAGUUAUUUUUCUUCCAGGUCUGCCAAGGAGAAGGCGCUGACGAGGGCGUUCAAUUACAGCAUCAAGACAAUGAUGAGGACACACAAGCGGAUACUCGCCCUGGGGAACCCUCAAGAGAAGACUUCGUUAUACCACCACAAGGAGAUAUGCUACUGAUGCAUGCGUCUUGCAGUGGAAAGUUCACCAUCAGGUCUGGUAACAGUGAGAUGAGAGGUAGCACAUUCCUUCACUUCUUAACCCAAGUCUUAACCAGAGAAUCACGACGAAAAGACUUGGCAACAAUGCUUCAGAAGGUGACAGGAUUAGUCUCCACACAUUUCACGACGUCUGCGUCAGGAGGACAUAAACCCGACAACAAUACUCACAUACCUUACAUGAUAUCAACACUGAAGGGUAAAAUAUACUUCUUUGCAAGGGAUCGUCGUAUGUUUAGCCAGGUUUUCAGAGCAAUUGCAAGAUUUGUGGAUAUUGCAAGUUUACCUAUGACUUCCUUUUAUAAGUUGCUUUAAUGCCCCCUUUGAGUAUGAGGAUUGAAGAACCAACAAACCCCUCUGAGUACGAGUACGAAUACUUGACAACCCCUUGAGGAUGAGGACUCAGUCCAGUGAGUUGCAGUGUUAUCUUGCUCUGGGAAGAAGCCAUAGUGUUUAAUGGAUUAAAACAUCGGAUUCUAGGGCUCACGAGAUGUCACUCAAUGACUUAAUUCAUUGUUCUCAAGGUAUUAAAAUAUUGUACUCUAGUGUUUGUCUUAGUACUCAAGGGGUUGUUAAGCCCUCAAACUCAAGGGGUAUAUCCCCGUACUCAAGGGCUUAUUGUGUCUUAGUCACUGUACUCAGGAAGCUGGCAUUGUACUUGUCAUGGGUUGCGUUAGGCCUACUCAAGCAAACCACUUCAGUGCUGUUUACGGGAAAUAAGACACCAGGCCACCCCUGACUCCGGCACCACCGUGCCAUUAGCGGGUAUGUGAAGCAGGCUGUGGGAGGUGUGAGAAGUGUUGUAUUGUCCAUCUGUCUCACUCAACCACGACCAUAUUUUGGCAGUAGGCCCAAGACCGUGGAGUAGUUAAGACCUCUUGCUCCGUAGACUUAAGAGACAGGGGUCAUACAGUCCUACCACGACACCGUCCAGAGACUGUCAGUGUUACGAGGCUGUGUGUGCAAAACCCCAAGAAUUUAUUUUAGUUUACUGACUAAGUUAAUAAAUCCCGCGAAGAAAAGUGAUCACUGGUGAAGGCCUGUUUGCUAAGAGCACUCCAGGCCGGCCUAGUAAAUCUAAGCAGUUACUUUCCCAGGUUGACAAAUUCCCCUUAUAAAAUUACGGCUACUGUAGCGUUAAUGUGAAUGAUUCACCUUCCCAGGCAAAUUGGUAGUCAGUAUAUGAAACCUUGCCAAAUAAAUGUAAGUGCAGAUAUCUGCCCGUAUCUGUGAUCCAUAUCUUAUGAUUACUAAAGGUAAUGACUGAUUGGUUAUGGCAAAGUAUAAUUAAUGACUUAGAUGGAUGUUGAAAAUGAAUAGAAUUCAUGAAAUCAUCGUUUAUCAAGUAUACAACACAUUGAAUGCCGGAAGUGGAGUGAAAUUCUACGUAGUGAUACACCAUAAUCUCCUGAGUAACCAGUGUGAAGGUAUCUGAACUCUACGGUAAGAAAAAUAUGUUCUGUGCAUUUUCCAUUCGUUGACAGUCCCGAAUGGAUUAAAACAUUGUGAACAAAUGUCUAUUUCCGUACUCAAGGGCAUAAUGUAUCUCAUUCAAUACACAAACUUAUUUUAUUCAAGAUGUUGGCAUCGUAACUCAAGAGAUUAAAACAUUGUACUCAAAUGCUUAUGUCUUUGUACUCAUGGUGUAAAGUUCUCGUUCUCAAGAGGUUUAUAAAAAUCUUAUAAAUAACAACAAUUACUCCACAAUACCUCUUACCCUCCCCACUACCUCUGCGUUCACCCAUGAGAGAGUGUUGACAUGUGUUGAAAUAUUAAGGUGAUCAUAACGCUACCAGGUGGGCAGAUUUGGUAUCGUCGGGUUAGAUUGUAUUGGUUUAGCUUCGGUUUAAGCAAGUUAAAUAAGUAUUUAGGGGUUUCAGUUUUAAGAUUAUGCUAGGUUAGCUUGGUUGAUCUUCAGGUAAAUUAAACUAGGGGCUAAAUUUCAGGUGAUUUGGUGCUGUUUGUAAAUUUUAGUUUAGUUACACACACACACACACACACACACACACACACACACACACAUACACAACUAUAGACAACAAACUGGACU